AUUAGGUAACGCAUAUUAUGAUGAUGAACUUGACAUCUUGUCAGCUAAAACACAUAUACCGGAGAAUAACCCAGCUGCAGACCAAGCGAUGGAGCUAAUCGAUCUUGAGUGUCAAAUGACAGAAGGGAUCUGGUAGAGAAAAUGUGGCGCAUAUAUAGAGAGAGAAAGAGUGCAGAAGAUGAAGAAAAACAAUAUGAACGCAGCAGCAGUAAGAGUUAGAACAACAACAGAAGUUGAAGUAUGGAGUCCUCAUCAGCAACUCCAGCUGGCAGAAACACAAUAGUUCCAGCCAUGAAGCUACAUCCAUCUUCUUCCUCUCGAAGACGGCCAUUUUCUUUUUCACCUUCAUCCUCUUUUGUAUCAUCCUUUAAUGUCCCUGAUCAUGAUGAUUCCCCUGCCACCACCCCGUUUCGAUUUUCUGGUGUCCCAUUUUCCUGGGAACAUUUUCCUGGAAUUCCAAAGAAACAAAGCUUCAAUUGCAAGAAGAAUGAACAGUACUGCAGCUCACCAUCAUUGAAGGUUCUCCCAUUGCCUCCUACAACCACUCAUCAAGCUCCGAAAAAGAAGCCCUCAUCCAACUCAAAGCAGACUAGUACAUUUCCGAAAGAUCCUUUUGUUGCUGCUUUAGUUGAGUGUUCCAAGGAGGAAGAUGAAGAAGAAGAUCAAUAUUCCAAGAACAAUGGUCAAUGGAGUGCCAAGGUAUCAAGAAGUGUAAGUGACCGGUUUGGAUUUGUCAAUCUAUAUGCAUCGUCUUGUAAAAGAAGUUGUGCAGUUUCUCAAUCUAUCAUACAUGUUCCGAGGCCGAUCAGUAGAACCUCCUCUAACUACGAUCUACUUAGUCACCGUUCCCGUUCCCGUUCCCGAUGAGUUUGUCAUCAUCAUCACCCAGAAAACAAUAAUAAUCUUUGCUUUGCUGUCUCAAAAGAUUUGUGCAUUAUAUAUAUAUGUGUUUGCAUGUUGCCAAUAUAUUGAGCAAGCUCUAUAUAAUAAAUGAUGCUCUUUGCUGUAUUUCAUGUGAUGUCUGCGGCAGCAUGAGUGAAAUAUACACGACCCCAUGUGGUAGAACUGUAGAAGUAGUAGUCUUAAGUCGACUCUUGUCUACAAGAGGCUACUGACAUUUUUUUAAUAUAUCUCUUCCUUUCAGAAGACAUGUUGCAGCACACUCUUGAUUUAUUUGGCAGCGCAGAAUUGCUUCUUCAUUCUGUAGCACUUACGAUUUUUGUUCAAAGGU